AUGCAGUACCGAGAGCUGCGUCGUCGGCCGUUCGACGAGCGCAUGCUGGUUCGGAAGUCGUCCAUCCACGGCUACGGGUUGUGCUUGAAGGAGGCUGUGAGCAAGGGUCAGAUGAUCGUCGAGUACCAGGGGCAAAUGAUUAACCAGGCCGUGGCAGAUGAGCGGGAACGGCGCUAUGAAGAGCAGGGCGUUGGCAGCUGCUACGUGUUCCGCCUUGAUGAGAAGACGAUCAUCGACGCUACAAGGUGCGGCAACCUCGCCCGCUUUAUCAACUACUCGUGUGACCCCAAGGCUUUCGCGCGCAUGAAGACUAGCCGUCAUUGCAGUGAUGCGAACUCUCAGUAG